CCACUUCUUCUCAAUUCCUUACAUACUACCAUUACCAGAUAUACUCUUCACCACACACCCUAAACCAUAAUUUGUCUAAUCCUCCAAACAAAUACCUUCAUCAUGCUCUUCUCUACCAUCCUAUAUGCAGCUCUUGCUCAGAGCUUGACAGCCUCCGCUGCGACAAUGAUGGUCACGGUUGCUGCCAACAACAAGUUUCAGUUCACACCAAACUCCGUCACUGCUCAACCCGGAGACACGGUCGCAUUCAACUUUGUCGCUCAGAACCACAGUGUGGCCUCCUCGACAGCAAACCAGCCCUGCCAACCCGGACCCAACGCCCUCUUCUCCGACUUCCAGCCCAUCCCAGGUAACCCCAAGGGUAGCCCCAACCCCGCCAACGGUCGCCGCCAGGCUGGCAACAACCCCAUGUUCAUGGUCCCCAUUACCGACAACCAGCCCAUCUACGUCUACUGCCCCCAAGCCCAGCACUGCCAGCAAGGCAUGGUCAUGGUUAUCAACCCUCCCAAUGCUGCUGCCGUUACCCAAUACCAAAACGCCGCCGCACAGGCAAACAACAACAUCCCUCCCAACGGUGGUGUCAACGGCGGCCAGAUGAUCAACAGCAAUGCUGGAACCAACCCCAAGAAUGUCCUCGGUGCCAAGGCUGGUGAUGCGGCAAAGGGCAAGGGCAAGAAGGCCGGUGGUGCUGCUGCUGGUGGACUUGCGGGACUCCUCGGAGGUCUUGGAGGAAACUAGUGUGCUUAAUGAACGUUGAUAGAUAUAAUAAAAAGGGCUAUGAUGUAUGAUUUUGAGGUGGGUAAUAUUUGAGUACAAUGGCUGGGCUACUGGAUUAGGUUGUAUGCGCCGGACGUUUAACAC